AUGGCGAGGCGGAAGCCGGAGAACUUGGAGAAGGAGCGGUGGGAGGAAGCACUCGCACAGAAGGGAGGGGACAAAAGGGGGGAUCAGGAGGAAGAGAUGCAGAGAGAGGCAGAAAUACAGCGGAGGGAGAAGGAGCGAAGGGAUGUGGCACAGAGAGAAGCUGAAAUGUCCAAGAAAGAAGAGGACCAGAAAGCUCAAGAGGCGGAUGAAGAAACAAGCAACAGGUUGUGGAUGGAACAGGCUGACACGAGACGGAUCGCGCAGGAAGGAGACCGAAAGCGACUGACGGAGGAAGCAAAACGAAAUGUGGAGGAGGAGGAGGAAGUUAAGAGACAAGCCGAGGAAGAGCAGGCGACGCAAAGGAUGAUUGAGGAAAUGGAACGGUUGGCGGAAGAAGAACGAAGGAUAGAACGAGAACAACAGGAACAGCUCCAACGUGCUCUUGAGCGAUUGCUGGAAGAGCAACGGCGCGCCCAACUUGAAGACAAACAGCGACAGAUAGAGGAAAACAAGCGCGAAGAUUUUCGGCGCAGGGUGGAACAACAAGAACAUGAGCGGGUCCAGCGGGAACGAGACGAUCAACUGCGUCAGCGCGAGGAAUUUCGCCGUACUCAGGAGGAACUCAACCUUCCAGCGCGUCCUCAAGAAGAGAAGGCGCUGAAGACUGGCGAUGGCUUCGGGCUAGAGCGAUGGUAUUCGGAUUGUUUCUCCUACCGAAGGUAG